CUGCGCAUGCGCCGCCCUCCCGUGGCCUCUCGCAGCCUGUCCCCACCGGCCCCGCGCCCCGGUCUCGCGCCAUGGCGGCCGCCGCCGAGGAGCCGUUCCCGUUCCACGGGCUCCUGCCAAAAAAGGAGACCGGCGCCGCCGCCUUCCUCGCCCGCUUCCCCGACUUCGACGGGCGGGGGGUGCUGCUGGCCGUGCUGGACACCGGCGUGGACCCCGGGGCGCCGGGCAUGCAGAUUACAACUGAUGGGAAACCGAAGAUAAUUGAUAUAAUUGACACUACGGGCAGUGGUGAUGUAACAACAUGUACCAUUGCAGAACCUAAAGAUGGAGAAAUUACUGGUCUUUCUGGAAGAAGUUUAAAGAUUCCAGCAAACUGGGUAAAUCCUUCAGGCAAAUAUCACAUUGGCAUAAAAAAUGGCUAUGAUAUCUAUCCUAAAGCUCUUAAGGAGAGGAUUCAGAAAGAGCGCAAGGAAAAGCUCUGGGAUCCUGUUCACAGGUUGGCUCUAGCAGAGGCUUGUAGGAAGCAAGAAGAAUUUGAUGCUGCUCAUAGCUCUCCCUCACAGGUAAAUAAGCUAAUAAAGGAAGAACUUCAAAAUCAAGUGGAAUUGUUGAAUUCUUUUGAGAAAAAAUACAGUGAUCCUGGCCCAGUAUAUGAUUGUGUAGUGUGGUAUGACGGUGAGACCUGGAGAGCCUGCGUAGAUACAAGUGAGAGUGGUGACUUAACUAACUGUACAGUGCUGAGAACCUAUAAAGAGGCUCAGGAAUAUGGAUCUUUUGGAACAUCUGAGAUGUUGAAUUAUUCUGUGAAUAUAUAUGAUGAUGGAAACCUCCUUUCUAUUGUUACAAGUGGAGGAGCACAUGGAACACAUGUGGCUAGUAUUGCAGCUGGAUACUUUCCAGAAGAACCAGAACGGAAUGGUGUGGCUCCUGGAGCUCAGAUUCUUGCAAUCAAGAUUGGAGAUACGAGACUAAGUACAAUGGAAACUGGCACUGGUCUCAUAAGAGCUAUGAUAGAAACAAUAAAAUACAAAUGUGAUCUUGUCAACUACAGCUAUGGAGAAGCAACACACUGGCCAAAUUCUGGGAGAAUUUGUGAAGUGAUUAAUGAAGCAGUGUGGAAACACAAUGUAAUCUAUGUUUCAAGUGCAGGAAAUAAUGGUCCUUGCCUUUCUACAGUUGGAUGUCCUGGUGGAACUACAUCUAGUGUAAUAGGUGUUGGUGCCUACGUGUCACCUGACAUGAUGGUUGCUGAAUACUCUUUGAGAGAAAAACUGCCUGCAAAUCAGUACACUUGGUCAUCCAGAGGGCCUAGCACUGAUGGAGCCCUUGGAGUAAGUAUCAGUGCCCCAGGAGGUGCUAUUGCUUCUGUUCCAAACUGGACUCUGCGAGGAACACAGCUCAUGAAUGGCACAUCCAUGUCUUCUCCCAAUGCAUGUGGAGGCAUUGCGUUAGUAUUGUCAGGACUCAAAGCUAAUAAUGUUAAUUACACUGUUCAUUCUGUCAGAAGAGCGUUAGAAAAUACUGCAGUGAAAGCUGAAAACAUAGAAGUAUUUGCACAAGGACAUGGUAUUAUUCAGGUUGAUAAAGCCUAUGACUACCUCAUUCAGAAUUCAUCAUUCACAAGUAACAUCGGCUUCACAGUUACUGUCGGCAGCAACCGUGGAAUCUACCUCAGAGAUCCAGCCCAGACAGUGGCACCAUCUGAUCAUGGGGUUGGCAUAGAACCUGUCUUUCCUGAGAAUACAGAAAACACUGAAAGAAUAUCUCUCCAGCUUCAUUUAGCUUUAACUUCAAAUGCACCAUGGGUCCAGUGUCCUAGUCAUUUAGAACUCAUGAACCAGUGUCGACACAUAAAUAUUCGUGUGGAUCCACGUGGCCUGAGUGGAGGAGUACAUUAUACAGAGGUGUGUGGAUAUGAUACAGCAAUGCCUAAUGCAGGCCCUUUGUUCAGAGUUCCAAUCACUGUUGUUAUACCGACAAGAGUAGAUGAAUCAUCAAGCUAUGACCUGACAUACACAGAUGUUCAUUUUAAACCUGGUCAGAUCCGAAGGCACUUCAUUGAUGUUCCUCAGGGAGCUACAUGGGCUGAAGUGACAGUGUGUUCAUGUUCAGCUGAUGUGACUGCCAAGUUUGUGCUUCAUGCUGUUCAGCUUGUGAAGCAAAAAGCAUACAGAAGUCAUGAGUUCUACAAAUUUUCAUCCUUACCAGAAAAAGGCUCUGUGGUUGAAGCAUUUCCUGUCUUAGCUGGAAAAACCAUUGAAUUUUGCGUUGCUCGGUGGUGGGCAAGCCUUAGUGAUGUUAGCAUUAAUUACACAAUUUCUUUCCAUGGUGUACUUUGUGGUGCUCCUCAGCUGAACAUGCACGCUUCAGAAGGCAUUGUACGGUUUGAUGUUCAGUCCCUGUUGAAAUACGAAGAUAUUGCUCCAUGCAUAAGUCUGAAAAGCUGGGUUCAAACACUCAGACCAGUGAGUGCAAAAAUAAAACCUUUGGGAUCCAGAGAUAUUUUACCAAAUAAUCGUCAACUGUAUGAGAUGAUUUUGACCUAUAACUUCCAUCAGCCUAAGAGUGGGGAGGUAACUCCAAGCUGUCCACUUCUUUGUGAAUUGUUGUAUGAAUCUGAAUUUGAUAGUCAACUCUGGAUUAUUUUUGACCAGAACAAAAGACAAAUGGGUUCAGGAGAUGCCUAUCCACACCAGUAUUCCGUGAAACUGGAAAAAGGAGAUUACACUAUUCGGUUACAAAUUCGUCAUGAGCAGAACAGUGAGCUGGAUCGCAUCAAAGACCUGCCGUUUAUUGUUUCUCAUAGGCUGUCUAGUACCUUGAGCUUAGACAUUUAUGAAAACCAUAGCCUUGCUCUCUUAGGGAAGAAGAAAUCCAACAGUUUGACAUUACCACCGAAACACAGUCAGCCAUUCUUUGUUACAUCCCUGCCUGAUGACAAAAUACCUAAAGGAGCGGGACCAGGAUGUUACCUUGCAGGAAGUCUUACUCUGUCUAAAACAGAACUUGGAAAGAAAGCUGGGCAGUCUGCAGCAAAGCGACAAGGAAAAUUUAAAAAGGAUGUCCUUACUGUUCAUUAUCAUCUGAUACCAUCACCAUCAAAGAGUAAAAAUGGCAGCAAAGAGAAAGAAAAAGAACAGGAAAAAGAAAAAGAUGCAAAAGAAGAAUUUGCUGAAGCUUUAAGAGACUUAAAAAUACAGUGGAUGACCAAGCUGGAUACGACUGAUAUGUAUAGUGAGUUGAAAGAAGCAUUUCCUAAUCAUCUUCCUCUGUACGUUGCAAGACUUCAUCAGCUGGAUUCUGAAAAGGAACGAAUGAAAAGGCUAGAUGAAAUCGUUGAAGCUGCAAAUACAGUAAUCUCUCAUAUUGAUCAAACAGCAUUAGCAGUAUAUUUUGCCAUGAAGACUGAUCCCAGACCUGAUGCAACUACUAUAAAAAAUGAAAUGGAAAAACAGAAGAGUACUUUAGUGGAUGCACUUUGUCGAAAGGGAAGUGCGCUGGCUGACCAACUUCUUCAUCUGCAGACCCAAGAAGGGGCUGCUUCCAGUGAUGCAGAAGGCAAAGAUGAGGAUCAUGAAAGCUGCUCAGAAGCUUUGACAGAGACAUUCUGGGAAACAACAAAAUGGACUGAUCUUUCUGACAGCAAGGUUUUGACUUUUGCCUAUAAGCAUGCAUUGGUAAAUAAAAUGUAUGGAAGAGGGCUCAAGUUUGCCACAAAACUUGCAGAAGAAAAGCCAACAAAAGACAACUUAAAAAACUGCAUUCAGCUGAUGAAGUUGCUUGGAUGGACUCAUUGUGCAACUUUCACUGCAAACUGGCUUCCUGUCAUGUAUCCACCUGAUUAUUGUGUAUUCUAGAGAAUCAACAAUUGUAAAAUCAAAAUGAAUUUAUAUGGGACAGGAUAGAAAAAGAGAAGUUUGACUUUUUAUUAGAACGCAUGUUUUCAUUACUGAAUGCUGAUUAUUAAAUUGUGUGUAUUUAUCAGUAAGGGCACCUGGGUAUGGCUUAAUACCUGUUAACCUAACUCCUGCCAUCAGGGAGUUUCUUUAUUGUGCAUCCCAUUGCUGGCAAUGGAUGUGCCAGAACUGCCAACAUCAAGGAUUUGGAAUUAGUUUGGAAAGAAUUACUGCAUGCAUGUUAUGUUCCAAAUUGUUACUUUGAACUGCAAACCUGUAAAAGUUCUGUAUUUUUUAUGGUACACUGAAUUUUAACAUGUUUGAUCUUAAUUUCAAUUGUAUGAAGGCCUUAAAGCUACUUCAAGAGUAGCUAAAAUCUUACUUAUUAGAUGAAAAUAAUGGACACCUGUAUUAUUUGCAAGAGUUUACAUUUAAUGUUUUUGAGAAAAAUUCAACCUCUCAAAUGGUUACAAUGUUUCUCAGAAUUGCUGAUGCAUAGGUACUCUUGUAAAUUUUCAAAACUCUUCAUUUUGGAGUGAUUUCAGGCAAACUUAGAAAUCCUGGUUAAGCUGAGUAUCAGGACAGGCUGAUACGUGUAUAAAAGUGCCAGACAGUUACAUGUUGAUCAGAUAUUGUAAAGCUAUACAUAGAUGUUUAUUAAUGUUAAAAAUACAAAACACAGCAGAAUACAUGUGCAAAAAUGAAGAUGAAAAUACCACCAUGUUCACUCUGAUACGUUAAAAGAUUUUUAUAAUGAAUAAAAAUACUGAAGCUAAAAA